AUGGCCUUGCUGUGCUACAACUGCAGCUGUGGCCAACGCUUUGACCCGGAGACCAACGCUGACGAUGCUUGCAUAUACCACCCAGGUGUUCCAGUGUUUCAUGAUGCCUUAAAGGGCAUUGUAGGCUGUACAAAAGGCAGGCAUAAUAGUGAGAAGCCACCCGAGCCAGGCAAACCUUAAGUCAAGACUACGGAGAAGGAACUAUCUGAAUUGAAGCCCAAAUUUCAGGAACGCAUCAUUCAAGCUCCUAAGCCAGGAGAAGCAAUUAAAAGGCCAAGCCCACAUGAGCCCAUGACAAGUUUGGAAUUAAAAAUACCUGCUUCCUUUAAACAAGCACUUGCUAAACUUAAGCUGUCAUCAGGAAAAGGAGAAGAUAAGCAGGAAGAAAAAAGUGAUAAAAUUAAGAUUGGGACCUCAUGUAAAAAUGGAGGGUGUUCAGAGACUUAUCAGGGCUUAGAAAGUCUAGAAGAAGUCUGUGUACAUCAUUCUGGAGUACCUAUUUUCCAUGAAGGGAUGAAAUACUGCAGCUGUGGUAGGAAAAAGAUUUCUGACUUUAACACAUUUUUAGCCCAAGAAGGCUGUACUACAGGGAAACACAUGUGGACUAAAAAAGAUGCUGGGGGGAAAGUUGUUCCAUGUAGGCAUGACUGGCAUCAGACGGGAGGUGAAGUCACCAUUUCAAUCUAUGCUAAAAAUUCACUUCCAGAACGUAGUCGCGUAGAAGCAAAUAGUACAUUGUUAAACGUUCUCAUUGCAUUUGAAGGAGAGAAGGAAUUCCAUCAAAAUGUGAAACUAUGGGGCGUGACUGACGUAAAGCGAAGCUAUGUAACUGCAACAAAAAUUGAGAUCACUGUGAGAAAAGCUGAACCUAUGCAGUGGGCAAGCCUCGAACUACCUGCAGCUAAAAAGCCAGAAAAACAAGAAGAAGCUAUAACAGAUUGCGUGGAGGGGAGUAGGGGUGAACAAUAA